AUGGUAUUGGUUCAUAAACUCAAACAGAUGGAGGAAUUGGAUCUCAAGCAAUUUCGGGAGGGGGAUGAGGAUGCAGAGGGGGAGGAGACGACUCCUGUCGACGCACCCGAGCAGCAUGAGGAGGAGGAUGCACCGUCCGAUCCACAAUCUACCGCGACAACGGCAAAGGCGCCUUCGCCGCCUCGCAGGCCACUCACUCGAUCCCAGACGACGCCCAGCGGUCCGCGUCCAUCGUUCCGCAAGGUGCUCCAGAAUGAUUCAGACACGGAAAAGACGCAGACACAGUCGCCUCGCCCUCGCGGCAGACCCAAGGGCAGUGUCAGCAAAGGCAAAGGCAAGGAGGUCAAGAAACCUAAGCCACCGCCACCUACUGCAGGGCGAAAGCGCCCUAUUUCCGAAGUAGAAUCUGAGGACGAGGGGGAGGACAGGGGCGCGAACAAGCGAAGGGAUACCUCAGAAACGGAUAUUUCCUUCUCGCUCAACAUAUCGAGGGCAAACACAGAGCCGCCGCCUGACCCAAGCAAUAACCCAGACGACCCCAAUAGCGAGGCCGCCCGUGCUAUUCGCGCCCGCGCUACGCUGCCCGUUCCCGUGCCCAAUUUAACAAAAAAGAGCAGAGGGCGCAGAGUCCCAACGAAAACCACUAUCGGAGAGGUCGAGGAGACUCAGAAAGAUGCCCGCCUAUAUAUCUGCUCCGUCGAGGGAUGUGGAAAGUGUUUCCACCGCGGCGAACAUCUAAAGCGACAUAUUCGCUCAAUUCAUACGAACGAGAAACCGUUCAAAUGCACGCACGCGGCCUGUGACAAGUUCUUCAACAGGCAUGACAACUUGUUACAGCACCUCAAAGUCCACAAAGACCCCGCCCUUCUUCCCAUCGCCAAACAGAAAGGCCGCGAUGACGGUUCCAUGGCAGGCACCUCCCAGGGCGCACUGCCUUUCCAAGUCCCCCCUGGCUUCCUCGCCAACAUCCCCACAGGCUUGUUCCCGCAGACGGGUGACCCAGCCGUCGACUUCUCCACCAAUCUGGCCAUCGCCCUGCUCUCGACACUAAAAAACACCAUGGCCAUGCAGCACAUCCCUGGCCUUCCCGCCGACCUCACGGCACCGUUCCGUUCGAUGGCGAUGGAGGUUUCAUCGUUGCGUACGGAGAUGCCCGGCCCAGCCAACGGCAGCGGCGCCCCAACGACUAAUGGACACCCUAACCAGCCAAUGGCUGGUCCUAGUCAAGGGGGCCCUCAAAUGCAGCCCCAGAUGCAGCCCCAGAUGCAGGUUCAAAUGCAACCUCAGAUGCAACAGCAAAUGCAGGCGCAAAUGCAGUCCCAGAUGCAGGCCCAGAUGCAGCAACCCCAGCCAGGACAAGGGCAGUUCCAACUCGACCCCCAGCAAUUCCAUCACCAGCAACAGCAACAGCAACAACAACCCAUGAUGGACGUCCAGAUGGCCCCUCCCAUGCAUCAGCAGCAAGGUCCUCCUAUGCAAAUGCAAAUGCAGCCGAUGCAGCUUGACUUUGCCGCGCCCGUCAUGUCUGGGCCUGCCCCGCCAGUCCCCGUUGCCGUCAGCGUUCCCGUCCCUACUCCAGAUCAUGAUAUUGAUCCCAGCCUUCCUCGCGCGGGCCCAACCCCGGUCUCCGUUCCCAUGACCAUUCCUCAAGCGUUAGCAGAGCAACAGCCUCAGGCUGCCAAUCCGCCAUCAGCUGCUGAGCCCGCCCCAGUAGCACCGGUCACUACCGCUGCACCCGAGGUUCCCACCACCGACGCUCCUGCUCCUACAUCUGAACUUUCGAACGAACAAACUCCCACUCCAGCUCAGCCCGUUCCUGAAGUUGCCUCUGAGCCAAUGCAGGUGGAGCCUGGAGCCCUCCCCGCGGUUGCUGAGGGCCAGGCAUGA